UCCUCUCUUUUGCCACUCCCACCCCCAGGCCCUUGGUCGGGCCCCAGACGGGGCCAGCACCCAGCUCCGGGCUCCACACCCAUCCUGGGCUGUGCCCUCCCCCCUGCUGCCCUUUUGAUCCCCGUUCCGGGCACCUCCUGCUCAGGCUGCAGCCCGUUUCCACCAUGGCGGAGCUGCUGCGGCUCUGGCUCUGGCUCUGGCUCAGGCUCCAGCGCCUCUGGGUCUUGCUGCAGGUGGUGGGGCAUGUGUUGAUGGGGAAGCUGAUGAAGAUGCUGUCCCCGGACAGGAUGAAGCAGCACAUCCUGGGCAUGGGCCAGAAGAGCAGCAUUUUCCAGAACCCCAACUUUAAGUAUGAGAACUGGGGGCCCACGUUCUUCACGCUGCCCUAUUUCCUCUUCGUCUUGAGGGUCCGCUGGCAGCGGCUGGAGGACCAGGCCCUGCAGGGAGGGCCGGCCCCGGACUGCCCUGUGGUCAGCCUGCGGGGACAGCCUCGCCGCCUCUGGGACUUCAUGCACGGCAACAGGCCUUUGGUGUUGAGUUUUGGCAGCUGCACCUGACCCUCCUUUAUCUUCAAAUUUGACCAGUUCCACAGGAUCAUGGAAGACUUCAGCUCAGUAGCAGAUUUUCUCAUUAUCUACAUUGAAGAAGCGCAUGCCACAGACGGCUGGGCCUUUGCGAACAAUAUAGACAUUAAGCAGCAUCGCACCCUCCAGGAUCGCAUGGAGGCUGCGCGGCUGCUGAUGGACAGGAAGCCGCUGUGCCCCAUCGUUGUAGACACCAUGGACAACUUGGCCACCAGGAAAUAUGCUGCCCUCCCAGAGCGCUUCUAUAUCCUUCUGGAAGGCCACAUCCUCUACAAGGGUGGACCAGGCCCCUGGAGCUACAACCCAGAAGAGGUCCGGGCCGUCUUGGAAACACUGAGCAGAUAAACCCUGGGGAUGUUCUGCUCCAGCUGCAGAGAUGAUUGGGGCUUCCCACCCUGUCGGCCCUCAUUCCUGCCCGAUGUUCUGGCUGAGCCCAGGCCCAGCCCCAGCCCCAGAGGCAUCAGUAGCCCCCUCUGACCACGAGGGUCUCUGCACCUCUUCCAGACUCCCCCAGCUCGGGAGGUCCAUGAGGCAGCCAUCGCGUGCAUUUCCAUCCUGCUUCUACAAAUAUUUAUUUAUGACAAUCACAGCCUAAAGCUCAGGGCAGCUGGGAUUCGACGGGAGAAAAAGUUUGUAAGAGGCAGCGAGCACGCGUGGAAGGGACUCGGAGUUCCCAAGAAGCCUCUCCCCUUCCCUCUCCCACCCAGAAAGGCUCGAGGGAGCCAUGCAUGACUGACGGACUGACCGUCCCUUAUUUUCUUGGCUUUCAGGGGAAACGGGGCUAAUAAAGGCUUCUGGGCGACUGCC